CAAUACACAAACGUUGUUAUUGUCAACCAUUAGUGCAAGUCCAGACGAAGCGGCAUUAAAUAUCAUUUAAAAUGUCGCAACAGGGAGCUGCCUUACAAAGUUACAAUAAUGAACUUGUAAAAUGUAUCAACGAUCUUUGUAGCAAGAGGGAUGAACUGCACAAACAAAUACUUCAAGAAGAGGAAGAGAAACAGAAGCUACAAAAUGACAUUAGAAUACUCACAGAGAGAUUAGCUAAAGUGAAUGAAAGUUUAAGCAAGAAGAUGGCUUCUCGUAAUGAUUUUGAUAAAACCAUUGCUGAAACAGAGUCAGCAUACAUGAAGAUACUUGAAAGUUCUCAGACCUUGCUGAAUGUUCUUAAGAAGGAAUCUCAGACUCUGAGGGAGAAAUCUGUUCCUGGUCAGAGAGUGGCACAGUCAUAAAAGGUUCCAACAUAGAGUGCUUCACUUGUAUGUCAGUUUUGUAAGACAUGAAUCAAGGUGCCCUUAUGAGUAUUGCUGUGAUACUGUUAAAAUUUUGAAUUGAAAAAAGUAAAAAUGUUUCACUGUUUUCAUGAAUUAUGAAGAAUGAACUUUCGAGACAAUUUAAAAACCAUUGUGCUAGGCAGCGUCUGUUCCAGAAUCUAAAUGCAUUGCAUGUACCUGUGUAAUAUAAAUAUACACAUAAACUGAAGAAUGAGAAAUGAUAUUUUGCACUUGCACCUGAAUGAAUUAUUGAGGAUGUUUUUUAAAAAAUAAGUGCAUUAGCACUUGUCUGGUUCUACCAGUAGAUUGUAUUUCUAUACAUUCAAUAUUGUAUAGGGGGAAAUCUCACCUUCUUUAUAAAUUAGCAUUAAAAUUGAUUUGAUUUAUAUUAUUUGAAUUUCAAAGAAUUACCCAGAAUUUGGUCAAAUAUGGGAACUGAGAGGUUGCUGUAAUCAAAUCUUUAAUGUGGUGAGGAAUAUAAAAUAAUGUAGUUGUGUAGGUUUUGUGUCCCUUGAUACAAAGUAAUAUACAAAAUGCAAGAACUGCUUUAAAUAUAAUUUUUUCUUGUGUAAAAGACCAAUUCCAAAAGCAAUUUAAGUUAAAAUUUAUAUCCUUUUACAUUUCACACAUUUCCUCAUCACUGUUACAGGUUUCUUUUUUUUUUUUCAACUAUUUGUAAAUAUCCUACACAUGCUUAGACUGUGCAUAUUUACAUUUUUCUUCAGAUGAUAAAUUCAUUGCAUUUUUUACAUUUUAAAACAUUUUGUUUUGGGUAGUAAACAUGGAUAAAUUAAUUCAUAAAGUCUGCUUAUUGGAGAUUUGCUGAGUAUAGAAAUACAUGGCGUGCUUUUAUUUUACACUUUUGUUUGAAAAUAAAAAUUACAGAUAUACAUAGUUA